CACGCCCUCCGUUCCUGCCGCUCGGGCCCGAGCCUUAGGUCUCUAUUCCGGGGCAGCAGCUGCCGCGGCCCGCAGCGCACUCGGCCUCCGCGGACCCGCAGCCGCAGCGCCGCCCAGUGCACGCCGGUCCCGCCGCCGGGCGCCCGCUCAGCCCUCGACCCCGCCGUGCGGCUCGGCGGACCCUCGGCCGGCGGCCCGCCCAUGCUCUCAGCCACCCGGAAGGCGAGCCAGCUCUUCCACAGGCUCUUUCCGGGCCCGAGAAUGGGCGACUCCGCCUCUAAGCUCGUCAGCCCCCAGGAGGCCCUGCCGGGCCGGAAGGAGCCGAUCCCCGUGGCGGCCAAACAUCAUGUCAAUGGCAAUAGAACAGUUGAACCUUUCCCAGAGGGAACACAGAUGGCUGUAUUUGGAAUGGGCUGUUUCUGGGGAGCUGAGCGGAAAUUCUGGACCAAGAAAGGAGUAUAUUCAACUCAAGUUGGUUAUGCAGGAGGCUAUACUUCCAAUCCUACUUAUAAGGAAGUCUGUUCAGGAAACACUGGCCACGCAGAAGUAGUCCGAGUGGUGUACCAGCCAGAACACAUCAGCUUUGAGGAACUGCUCAAGGUCUUCUGGGAGAAUCAUGACCCGACCCAAGGCAUGCGCCAAGGCAAUGACUAUGGCACUCAGUACCGCUCAGCCAUCUAUCCAACCUCUACCGAGCACAUGGAGGUCGCCCUGAGGUCCAAAGAAGACUACCAGAAGGUUCUUUCAGAGCACGGCUAUGGCCUGAUCACGACCGACAUCCGGGAGGGACAAGCUUUCUACUACGCAGAGGAUUACCACCAGCAGUACCUGAGCAAGAACCCCGACGGAUACUGUGGCCUCGGUGGCACCGGAGUGUCCUGUCCGCUGGGUAUUAAAAAGUAAUGUCUCCCCAUGUGGUCAGCCCUUGAAGUCACAACAAAAAUGCUUUCAACAAAUUGGGCAAUGAUUUUGUGGUUCAGGUCACUGGCUUUUUGGAAGUGCACAAAGUGCAAAGGCAUUCAUGAAAAUCUGGUUUAAUGAGCUAUAAUUACAUGAAGUGCAAUGGCGAGUUGAUAACCUGGAGUUUAUCUUCUAAUAAGUUAUGCUGGGAGUCGAGCUGUGACAUUGUUUGGAUCGCUUAGGGUCUGAAUGAGGAUAAUGGAUAUGCUGUGCUCCCCCUUCGUGGGCCUGAGUACCUGCCGUGGAAGCUAGGGAAGGGGGCUGGGAGACUGUUGGAGAGGGUGAGGCAUGGUGGACAUCCUAACUGUGCCCUGUCCUGCCUCGCAUGCCUUCCUGCCCUCCAGUGCCUUAAAGUAUGCAGACAUUUAGAGCCUCAAUGAAUCAUUCACUGUAACACUUUGCUCUACUGAUCCUCUGUGUGCAAGGGGCUUUCUCUCCUUUUUGGCCCUCCUGUGGCAGAGAAAAGAUGAGUUAGCUUGAUGAAUUCUAAUGCUUUGCUUACAGCUUUGAGAAAUGCUUGUUCUAAUAAAAAAAAAAUCUGCAGUCUAAUACAA